AUGUCAGAAUACUCAAACGUUAUUAAAGGUUCGUUGAAGCUAAAGACGGAGAGCAAAAUUACAAAGAAAAGCAAAAAACACAGGAAACGGAAAGCUGAUUCUCUUGCUGAUUACGCAGAAGAUAAUGGAAAGUCUCAGGAGCAAGAGGAACCAAAGAUUACAAAGACAGCUGCGGAAGUUGAGUACGAGAAGAAGAAAGAAAAGCGAAUGCUUGAAACAAUUUUAACCAAAGCAGAAAAGUCCCACAAACAACGCAUUAUGGAAUUUAAUCAACAUUUAAAUGCCAUGAGUGAGCACUUUGACAUUCCAAAGGUUUCAUGGACAAAGUAG